AUGAACUUAGUAAAAAAGAAGGUAAACUUGGUUCACCAGGAAAAACCUUUGAGUGAUUUAGGUCUUUUAAGUUAUCGAGCUUAUUGGGAAGAAAUCAUUGUAGGAUUUAUUUUAGAAUGUGUUAGUAAAAAUGAAGAUGUGAGUAUUGAUGAAAUCGCUCAAAAGACGGCUAUUGUUCAUGGGGAUGUGAUGCAUGUAUGUCAAACUUUACACAUGUUAAAAUAUCAUGAUAAACAACAUGUGAUUUGUUUAUCAGAUGCAAUCAUUGAAAGACACGAACGAAAUCAAAAGAAGAAAAGAAGAAGAAUUCAACCUAGUCAAUUAUGUUGGAAACCACCCGUCUUUUCUAGGGCACAACUUCAAUUUGGAUUUUAA